AUGCAAUGCUAUACAGAACUCGUGGCGCCAACCGCCGUGUCCAACGCCGUCGCCCUACCAUUCAUCGCUCCCGGCGCAACUAAUCUCGUCGUUGCAAAGACUUCAUUGCUCCAGGUCUUCACUCUCAAGACUAUCGCGACCGACGUCAAGCCAUCAUUGCUCGUUCCCAAUGCCGACACGGGCGCCAUCGAAGGUCCUGAAAGUCUUCAUCGCGUCGAAAACACGGCCAAACUGAUUCUGUUGGGCGAGUACCCCGUGUCAGGAACCAUCACUUCGCUACAGAGAGUCAAGGCCCUGAACACAAAGACUGGCGCUGAAGCCCUGUUGGUCUCUACACAGGAUGCAAAGAUCAGUUUGAUCGAGUGGGACCCUCUCAACCACCGUAUCUCGACCCUAUCCAUCCAUUACUACGAGCGCGAGACGACAAACACUCUUCCCUUCGGGCCAUCCCUUGCCGACACACCUAGCUAUCUCAGCGUCGAUCCAAGCAGCAGAUGCGCCGCUCUUAAGUUUGGCACCAAACACCUCGCCAUUAUCCCAUUCCGCCAAUCUGCCGACGAUCUGGCUGGAGAAGAUGAUCUUGAUACCCCUCCACCCACCAAAGCUCCCGCCACAGGAAACGAAGCCCAACCCGAGACUCCCUACUCGGCCUCCUUCGUCCUACCCUUGACCGCUCUCGACCCCGCCCUUACACAUCCUGUCCAUCUUGCCUUUUUUACACGAGUAUAG